AUGGUGCUCCGCAAACCUCCCCCGCCACGUCUUGAGAACCUCAACAAAAGGGAUGCUCGAUCGGACUGCCAUUCCCCAACCUCUCCGUCCAGCAACUCCGCUUCGCGUCACGCUCGCCUAAAUCGUAUCCCAUCGCAAGAGUCCGUCUACUCUCCAGACCUCAAUACCUCUCCAGCCUUCGACUUGAUGCCUCUCGAAGAGGCUCAGAGGUCUCCUGUGGGCUCACCAACUAGCCGCCCGCCAAAUUCAUGGCCAGAGGGCUUGGGGGACCGGGCAGCUGGGGAUCGCCCAGCCACCUCGAGCUCAUACCCGACGGGGACAAAUUCAAAAGGUGCUUGGGUUUCCUCGGUGCUCAUGCCCGGCCAACAGGGAGCUGCCGAAGUUGGCUGGCAGCCAGCACCCGAGGAUAAAGACGCGACGACCGGGGAUGUACCCGUGCAGCUACAGUCGAAUAACCCGUUUUUGAAGCCCAGAGCCUCGGACUCGAGGCAGGACUACUCGGAACAGAAUGACUGGGAAAAUCGUCAUUCACAUGCUACCACCAGCAGUGACCCUUUGAGUCAAUCGGAAGGAUAUAUCCCGAUGACGGCCCGGCUAUCUUUACUUGACUCAUCGGGGCAGGAAUCUCCGUGGAAUGAACCGGGGUCCUCUCAUGUUGCUGCUCACCAUCUUCAUGGCGACACAUCUCACGAUGCGUCUCCGUGGGGAUCACAACAUUCGAUCAAGAUCUCGGCGCCCCAGGAAAUUUAUUUGCAGGGCGGACAAUCCAACCCUUACGCCCCAGCGUUAGUCGUACAGCACUUGGAUCAUCCUCAAAUUCCCCAUGGGUCUCAACCAACAUAUACACAUGACCGAUUGGGCUCAGACGGCGGCAUCGGGACCCCAUCAGCGAUCUCCAGUGGGACCUCGGCCACGUCGCAUGAGCUGAUAGACUUGAAUGCUGCCGACACCCUCGGGGUAGAGACCGGGUCUCAUCGAGCCGCCUCGUCAAUUUACUCACCGGGAGCUGAAGCAAAAGGGGAAAAAGUACACUUUGAUGCGCAAGUUCCUCAAAAUACAUCCUCCAUGCUGCUGCCUUUAGAUGUUACGCAAGAACAAAACUCAUCAGCAUCAAGCACCAAUCUUUCUGCUGCGGAUGUAGCCAAACAGAAGGAAAAAAGAUCCGAAACAUACUCGAUCCGGCAGAUAAAUUGGACUGACCGAACGGGGCAAUUACUUCAGUCGCCCAUAUUGGUUCAGAAUCUGAAUGGACCAUGCCCUCUCCUCGCUCUUAUCAAUGCCCUCGUGCUUCGUGCUGAUCCCAAAACCCAAACACCGAUUGUCAGAGCAUUGCAGACGCGCGAGCAAAUCUCUUUGGGUCUUCUCAUUGAGGCUUUGUUUGAGGAGUUGACUAAUUGCCUGGGCCCGGACGAGGAAUUUCCGGAUAUUGAGGCACUCACCCAGUUUCUCACCAUGUUGCAUACUGGCAUGAAUGUCAAUCCUCGAUUGACUUUGGAAACGACGGAUUCACUCGGUACGUUUCUUCAAACUGCGGAUCUCCGACUAUACAGUACAUUUGGCGUCCCUUUAAUACAUGGAUGGCUCGCAUCGUGGUCGAGCCCAGAACAUACCGCAAUGACCCGGGUUGCCCAAUAUCAUGAAGAUAUCCAACUUUUGCAUUUCCGCAAACAGGAGCUGGAGGAUCGAGUCAUGCAAGGGCACUCCCUGUCGUCAGAAGAGGAGCAGAAGAUGGCAGAUAUUCAGGCCAUCCAGAACUUUGUCAACGUUGAGAAUGCGACGCAACUGAGCCCCUUUGGCUUGACCCAGCUGACCACUCGAUUGGCGCCUGGGUCAGUCUCAAUUUUCUUCCGCAACGACCAUUUUUCGACACUUUACAAACAUCCACAAUCACACCAGCUCUAUACGUUGGUCACCGACGCUGGCUACGCAAAUCAUGCCGAGAUUGUAUGGGAAUCAUUAGUCGAUGUGACCGGCUUCAACUCUGAAUUUCUCGCGGGUGACUUCCGUGCUGUCACCCACGCUGCAUCUGGAUCAGCGGGUCCAACGGGUCCAGCGGGUCCCCGUACAUCGAGUGCUGCUGCAAUCAGCACUCCUGCUGCAGCCGAAUCAUCAGGGGGUGAAUUAUCAUCGCAAGAACAGAGCGAUGCGGAUUAUGCCUAUGCCCUCUCACUUCAGUUUCAGGAAGAAGAGCAACGGGAACAGACGGGGAAUCAGACGGGAAAUCAGACAGGCAAUCAGACAGGCAAUCAAACGGGGAACCAAACAGAAAGCCAGCAAGAACCCCAACCCCCGCGAGGCAUUCGCCCCUCGGGCCCCGUUCGGACAAGCCAAGGGUCCAGCCCUCAUCUGUCCAACCCGCCAACUCGAACUUCCCCCAGGUUCACACAGCCACAUAGUGAUCCCGAUCCGGAGGAUCCGAACGCGCCUCCGCCUCCUUAUGAACAAGCGGCCACGGGGCCCCGGUUUUCUCCGCCGGACCCAAGGCCUCGGAACGGCGGUGAUCAAGGCGAUCGCUACGGUGCUGCAGAAUCCAACACGGACUUCCUCCGCGUAACGGUCUUCAUUUUUGAAUUUUAUCCUCGAGACAAUGGCGCUGUGAAUGCAGUUAACUUUUACUUUGAAUGUCGAACCGUUGUAGUCUUGAUGUUCCUAUCGGUAUACUUUGGAGGAAUGACCAUUGGCUUAUCAAACAUUUGA